CCACAGUGGCGGACUUGCUGUACUGGAAGGACACGAAGACAUCAGGAGUGGUCUUCACAGGCCUCAUGGUCUCCCUGUUGUGCCUCCUGCACUUUAGCAUCGUGUCCGUGGCCGCCCAUGUGGCCCUGUUGCUGCUCUGUGGCACCAUCUCUCUCAGGGUUUACCGAAAAGUGCUGCAGGCCGUGCACCGGGGGGACGGUGCCAACCCCUUCCAGGCCUAUCUGGACGUGGACCUGACCCUGACUCGGGAGCAGAUAGAACGUUUGUCCCAGCAGAUUGCCUCCAAAGUGGUCUCUGCGGCCACCCAGCUGCGGCAUUUCUUCCUGGUAGAAGACCUCGUGGACUCCCUCAAGCUCGCCCUUCUCUUCUACAUCUUGACCUUCGUGGGUGCCGUCUUCAAUGGUUUGACUCUUCUCAUUCUGGGAGUGAUUGGCUUAUUCACCGUCCCCCUGCUGUACCGACAGCAUCAGGUGAGUGUGACAGGCCCUCUUUCAGGCCCUCGGUUGGCAGUUCCCCAGCCAAAUAUGGCUG